AUGUCAUAUCCCGAGUCACACUACCUGAGCCCCGUUUGGAGGGAUGGCCUUUUCAACGGCAAGGUCGCCUUCAUCACUGGAGGCAAUGGUACUAUCUGUAGCAUGCAGGCUAGAGCGCUCGUCCGCCUAGGCGCCAAUGCCUGCAUCAUCGGUCGCAACGUGGAAAAGACCGACAAGGCCGCCAAGGAUAUUGCCGCGGUGCGUCCUGGUGCCAAGGUGAUUGGCAUCGGCGCCUGCGAUGUUCGCAAUGCUGAGCAUCUGAAGAAUGCCGCUGAUCGCUGUGCCAAGGAGUUGGGAGGCAUCGACUACGUUAUUGCCGGUGCUGCCGGAAACUUCAUCGCACCCAUGGAGGGACUGAGCACCAACGCGUUCAAGUCCGUCAUGGAUAUUGACGUGCUGGGCACCUUCAACACCAUCAAGGCGACGCUGCCGCACAUCCUCAAGAGCUCGACGCCGCGCAUCAUCUACGUGUCGGCCACAUUCCACUACACCGGCCUGGUGAUGCAGUCGCACGUUUCGGCGGCCAAGGCGUCUGUAGACUCGCUGAUGGCCUCGGUGGCGCUCGAGUACGGCCCGCGCGGCGUCAACAGCAACGUGAUUGCACCGGGCGCGAUCGAAGGCACGGAGGGCAUGGACCGGCUGGGCGGCGAGGCGGCCAAGCAGCCGAACAACUCGCUCGUCAGGGAGAUUCCGUCGGGCAGGAUGGGCACGGUGCGCGACAUUGCGGAUGCGACUGUGUAUCUGUUCAGCGAGACGGGCAACUACGUCAACGGCCAUGCGCUGGUCGUGGACGGUGGUGGCUGGCGUCGGCAGCCGGCUUUUACUCUGGGUAAUGCUGGGUACAAGUACCCCGACGUUUUCCUGGACGAUGACAAGGCCAAGCUGUGA